CUGUCAAGCGACACAGUGCAAAGACUUGAGCAUUGUCAGAAGGAGAGCUUGGGACGCGGAGCACACAGACAGCCUUUUGAGAGGGACACCAUGCGAAUCUUCCUGUGGAGCGUCUUGUUGUUUUGUGCAUUUGCCUAUGCACUCAGCGACUGCCGGAAGGACUGCCUCAGUUGCCACAGACAUUUGUACAGUCAACAGGAUGACUUCAGCCUUCUUAUUUGUGUCAUGGAGUGUGAGGGGAGGCUCUUUUCGAGAGCCACCUGGGACCUCUGCAACAAAGCGACCAGCGGGAAAGCAUCUUCUUUGCCGCUAAGUUUUGGGAUCCUGGACGACGAAGACGAUCGGCCCUUGGAGUUCUGGAAUGGCCGCUUCUUGAGAAGCCGAGGGAGCCUUCAGCCCUCCGGAGACCUGACCAGGGUGGUGGACCUCAGCAAGGACGAAGGUGAGAAGCGGGUCUCUAAAAUGAGCAGCCUCAUCCGUCAGCCGCCAGUGGAAGAAGAAGGCACCAGCGACGGUGGCCGGCAAGACCCCCUCGGGGACUUCCUGAGCAGAUCAUUCACUUAUGGGCAACUGGCCGACCCAGGAGUGCAAGAGCUCCAGAAGCGAUUCGGAGGCUUCAUCGGGGUCCGGAAGUCCGCCCGGAAGUGGCACAACCAGAAGCGGUUCAGCGAAUUCCUCAAACAGUACCUCGGGAUGUCUCCCCGUUCCGUCGAGUACGAUGGCUUGGCCGAUAAUGACCUGAAGGAACAGAACGAGAUCUAAGCAGACGGGCGGACUUUCCUCUGGGUUCCCGGGCGUCGUUUUUCCUUUAUUUCUUGUACCACCAACAUGUUGUGUGAAUUGGUUUCAGGUCUGCCGUGGCUCGAGAUACCAACCCUGUUCCCACCCUCCGUGCCCGAAAAACAAAACGCCAGUCCUUGUCACUGAAAGGGAAAUCCAGCAUUCCUUCAAAGGGGAAAAACUCAAAGUUUCUAUGUAUCAUAGUAAUAGUACUAAUAUUCCUCCCAUUUUUCUAACCCAAGCCCAAAUAUCACCCAGAAUCCUCUUUGGCUGCAUCUGCACUGCAGAAAUAAAACAGUCUGACACCACUUUAACUGCCAUGGCUCUCUCUGUCAGUGAGCUCUGGUAA